ACUCGAGGAAGACGCAGCCUUGCCCCGUGUCGAGGCCGUCGAGACGCGCGCGCACCCACGCGCGAUUAUACACGUAUAUAUCUCUGUAUGUGCCGCCCUGCGGCCCCGGGAGGAGGGGGGGGGGGUGUGGCCCGCCUCAGCUUUAUCCCUGCGGCCGGGCUCUGCCCGCGCGGACGCUCCCCGCCACGUGACCCCGCCGCGCGGCGGCCCCUCUAGCCUGCCGGCGGCGCGGCUCUAUGGUAGGAGGAGGUCUGCGGCGCGCGAGGGGGACGGCGGCGGUUCGGUGAAGAUGGCGGCCGCGGUGAGGCAGGACCUGGCGCAGCUGAUGAACUCCAGCGGCUCUCACAAGGACCUGGCGGGCAAAUAACAAAAUGAUGAGCUGUGUUAUCUGAGAAUCUAGUCCUGGGAUUUAAAAAGAGCCAGAUACCAAUUCUAGGUGAAUGUUCCUGACAUGUGAGCACAAACACUUUGGAAAACGGCCACCUCAAAGAUACCGUCAAAUAUUGGAAAAAGCCAUUCAGCUGUCGGGUGUAGAACAACUUGAAGCUUUGAAAGCUUUUGUAGAAGCAAUGGUGAACGAGAAUGUCAGUCUAGUGAUCUCACGUCAGCUACUGACAGAUUUCUGUACCCAUCUUCCAAGUCUUCCUGACAGCACGGCCAAAGAAAUUUACCACUUCACCUUGGAAAAGAUACAGCCUAGAGUAAUUUCAUUUGAAGAGCAGGUCGCUUCAAUAAGGCAACAUCUUGCAUCAAUCUAUGAGAAAGAAGAAGACUGGAGAAAUGCAGCGCAAGUAUUGGUGGGGAUCCCUUUGGAAACAGGGCAAAAACAAUACAAUGUAGAUUAUAAACUGGAGACCUACCUGAAAAUUGCCAGGCUGUAUCUGGAGGAUGAUGACCCAGUUCAAGCAGAAGCUUAUAUUAAUCGAGCUUCCCUGCUUCAGAAUGAAUCAACUAAUGAACAGCUGCAAAUCCAUUAUAAGGUUUGCUAUGCUCGAGUUCUUGAUUACAGAAGAAAGUUCAUUGAGGCUGCCCAAAGAUACAAUGAGCUCUCCUAUAAGAGCAUAGUCCAUGAAACGGAGCGACUGGAGGCAUUGAAGCAUGCUUUGCAUUGUACUAUUUUGGCAUCAGCAGGACAACAGCGUUCUCGCAUGCUUGCUACACUCUUCAAGGAUGAGAGAUGCCAGCAGCUUGCAGCCUAUGGGAUCUUGGAGAAAAUGUAUCUUGACAGAAUUAUCCGUGGAAAUCAACUGCAAGAGUUUGCAGCUAUGCUAAUGCCUCACCAGAAAGCAACUACAGCUGAUGGCUCCAGUAUCCUGGACAGAGCUGUUAUUGAACACAACUUACUAUCUGCGAGCAAACUUUACAACAACAUUACUUUUGAAGAGCUUGGAGCAUUGCUAGAGAUCCCUGCAGCUAAGGCAGAAAAGAUAGCUUCUCAGAUGAUAACCGAGGGUCGCAUGAACGGAUUCAUUGAUCAGAUUGACGGAAUUGUUCAUUUUGAAACCCGUGAAGCUUUGCCAACUUGGGACAAGCAGAUUCAGUCACUGUGUUUCCAGGUUAACAACCUGCUGGAGAAGAUAAGUCAGACAGCCCCAGAAUGGACAGCGCAGGCAAUGGAGGCCCAGAUGGCUCAGUGACUGUGCAGCCAUUGUCUGAAUGGAGGCAAUCGACUGCCUGCUGUGCUGGAAGAAGGCAACUGAGUAGGACUGUGAACCAAACGAAUAACCCACCUUCAUUUCCGCACCUUCUGCUUUCACUCUGGCUUAGGAGACAAUUAGGUGAUACCAUGUUUGGUGUGACAGUCCCUCAGUUCUCUGAGCAUAGAAUGAUGCUGUUGCUGCCUCUGCAUUGCACUCUGCUGUCUGAAAGCUGUGGUUUCCGCGUAGAAGAAGCUGUAAGGUCUGCAGCAAGCUUUGGUUUUGGUUUAUUUAAUUUUAUUUUUUUUCCACUGCAUUGCUAUAGCUUUGUAGCCCAUUAUGUCCUAUGAUGCUUGUCCUGCUGUGAAAAUACAAGUGCCAUGUUUCUUUUAGUUGUAAUUAUUCUAAUAAAGGCUGGAAUGAGCCACUUGGUUUAAGUGUU